CUCUCGCGCCUGACCCGGAGAGAAGACAGCUGACAGACAGACAGACGCUUUACUUUCAGUUAAACAUCAGUUUAAACUACUGUCAUGCCGCUACAACACUGUGACGGCCGCUUACUUUGGAAAAGAAACUCAAGUCACGUGUGACUGGUCUCUCACACACAACUGUAGAAAGUUAACAAGAUUUAAAUGAACACACCUGGAGAUGUAAUUAGCCUAACGUGCGUUAACUGCGGUGCCAGUGUCCGCUGACGUGCUGUUGUAAGCCUAGCUUGCAGCGAUGGGGAGACGGACAUGAGGACUUUUGUCAACAAUGUGACCUUCAUGUGCAAGUGGGACAUUAUUUGACAUGGAGGCUUCUUCUACAAUGAGAGAAAGAAGCGAGGAGGUCAGAAAUAUGUAAUCUCAACGCAGAGUCGACAAGGUGGACGGCUAAUUUCCUGAGUGGGAAGUCUCAGGAGUCCAUCAGCGGUCCGCCGGGCAGUGUACUAACAUCCCAAUUCAGAUGAAACUACAGCUCAUGAAGAGAAUAGACACAGACGGUGGAGGUUUUGAAGGUUCCCCAAGACUGGAGAGUCGUCACGGUGGCUUUGCUCCUCACACUACGAUUCUUUGCACAGCUGAGGAGAGAUCUGUUGUGGAAGGCCCAGGAGACACUGCAGCGCAUCUACCAAGGUGAACCGACUCGUCACAGACGCUUGGCCAGGUCCCCCCACUGAGACUUCAGAUGUGUCCCAUGCCAGCCAGAGUGGCCCUUCAGUCCCGCGAUGGAUUCCACAAGUCAGAACGACAGCGAUGGGGGAGGAGGACGCCAAGGGCGGUCACCGUCAUCGACCGGCUCGCCGGGCACGCCGCAUGACGAAGGGAGACCGCAACCACGGCCUCCCCAAACCCACGAUGGUUCGCCAGAUCCUGGGUUGACCAACAGGCAGCUGCUACAUACUCCAGCAGUGCUUUCUCUGGAUCAGAUCCGGAUAACUGGGAGUAGUAAUGAGUACACAGACGGGCCCACAGUCGCCCAAAGGUCUCCGGCCUCGCAGCAGAGGCAACAGAAGAGUGACUUGGUUACGACACCAGGUUCAAGAACCAGUGAGCAGCAGGAGACUCGGGAAGAGGGGCCUAAUAAUCUCCGUAACCUGCAUUCAUUGACUCAGUAUGGAAACACAAAUGCUUCCAUCCCCUCCAGGGAGGGCGAGCUGCGGUCCUCCAGUGCAGACUCUCAGAGUAGCAUCAGGACCAGCGUCGGGAGCACUUCUUCAGGCCAGAGGGUCUUCAGCAGCCCGGCAUGCAGCAACCAGAUAAUCAGAACCCAGCCCAAACGUGCAAAGCUAAACUCAGAGGAGCUGAAACCCCUGAGCGUUGAGUCCAGAGCUGUGUUGGCCGUGCCAGGCAGCGGAAGCUAUAAAAAUCAAGGCAUACACAGCAACAAGUGUGAGGACUGUGGUCGGUGCUGUUGCCCAGAGUGUAGUCGCCCGCGGGUGCUUCCUUCCUGCUGGAUGUGCGGGCGCCGGUGCAUGUGCUCGGUGCAGAGCGCGGUGGAGUACGGCACGUGCGUCUGCUGUGUCAAGGGGCUUUUCUACCACUGCUCCAGCGACGACGAGGACACUUGCACCGACAAGCCCUUCUCGUGCACGCAGUCCCACUGCUGCGUCCGCUGGGCCACCGUGUCGCUCUUCUCCCUGCUCUUCCCCUGUCUCCUCUGCUACCUCCCAGCUAAAGGAUGUGUCGCCGUGUGCCAGUGCUGCUAUGACCAAGUCACACGACCCGGCUGUCGGUGCAAGAACACAAACCCGAUCCACUGUGAGGAUGUUGACAAGCCAACGUAGACGAGAUGGUGUAUGUUGCGAUGCAGAAUGAUGUAAAGACUAUUGUUGACUGAACUGAUAGAUGGCCCUGUAGUUCUGUCGUGGAAAUGUUUGAUUAGAGAGCUAAUGAUGCUAGAGUUUUUGUGUUGUCCAUCUAGAUCUUCCUGCCUACCACACCUGGGCAGAGUCACAUUUUGCCUUCAAAUGUUACUGCAAAAGGCACUGGAGGUGCAUUCACUCACCCUAGCAUUAUGAGUUUCACUUGAAAGGUAAACCAAAACAAGCGCUCCACAUGUUAAAAGACAUAUCCAACUACUGUUUUGUCCUGAAAAAUAAUUUCUUCACUCAAGUGCCCAGAUAUCGUGUUGUUGCUACGAGAGUCCAAAUGGAUAGUGUUUUAUUUUAACAUUUAAUACAACUUAUAUGCUAAGAACAGACUCCUAUUACUAACUGUAUGUAAAGUAGUAAAUGCAAAGGGUAUGUACAUUAGAAAAUGAGUUUGACAGAUGUUUUAUUUUUGUACAUAUAAUAAUACUUCAACUGUGAAAAGUUUUCUGCCAUACCAGACGGCACCUUGAUAAAUCCACAUUUAUAUGAAUCAGUAACUUCAUUCAUACAAUGUUUGUACAUUCACUGGAAUGUAUAUCAAUCAUUUAAUGUAAUUUACAAAGGAAAAAUCUUAUCCCUUCUACUUGUAAAUUGUACAGUGACCUUAUAUGAAAAUUUUAUUUUCUAAUUCCAACAUUGUUUAGUGUAAAGUUAAAAAAAAUAUAUAUUUAUUUGAAGGUUUAUUAUUUUAUAAUGAAAAAUAUUUAUUUUGAGAAAGCAUUGUUAAUGUGUCACCUCUUAUGGGGCUGCUCUGUAGUGGCUGCAGAUGUCGAGGUGACCUGUAGGAGUGUCAAAGUUGGAUGAAUAGUUCACUAUGAAUUAGAAGACAAAUAUAUUAACGUUUGAAAUUAAACAACCUUGAAGUCUGA